UCAGUAACAACCGCAGAGACGCUAACAUGUGGUCUACGUCCCCCCACGGCCCCCUGGUCCACUUCGCUCUCACCUACACAUCAUUCGCCGUAGGAACCUCCUCUCCUAACUUGUAUAACUCUAUAAAACUCUAAUUUGAAACGCAAUUGACCUCCCCUGAAAUCCUUCUCCUCCGCCAGAGCCACCUCACAUGGCGGCCGGGAUUUACAUCGCCACUCCCUCGAGAACCGUAGUCCAUUUUAAGCACAGUCCACUUCUUGGCCCGAAGCCCAGCUCACUCGCCGCACCGGCUUUACGGCUUUCCCACUCCCUUGGGAAAUUUCCGGGGAUUUCGAGGAAGAAGCCCAAUCUGACGGUGUGUUUUGUGUUGGAGGAUGAGAAAUUGAGGCGUCUGGGAGAGGAAAGUGGGGAAGAGAGUAGUAGGAAGGAAAUCGCGACGGCGGUGGCGGAGAAAGUGGCGAGGAAGAGAUCGGAGAGGUUUACUUACCUGAUUGCGGCUGUUAUGUCGAGUUUCGGGAUUACUUCCAUGUCUGUCAUGGCUGUUUACUACAGAUUUGCUUGGCAAAUGGAGGGAGGAGAGGUACCUUACGCAGAAAUGUUGGGUACAUUUGCUCUCUCUGUUGGAGCUGCUGUGGGAAUGGAGUUCUGGGCCAGAUGGGCGCAUAAAGCACUGUGGCACGCUUCCUUGUGGCACAUGCACGAGUCGCACCAUAAACCACGAGAAGGUCCUUUCGAACUGAACGAUGUAUUUGCAAUAAUUAAUGCUGUCCCAGCCAUAGCCCUUCUCUCCUACGGCUUCUUCCACAAGGGCCUCGUCCCUGGCCUCUGUUUUGGCGCUGGUCUGGGAAUCACGAUGUUCGGCAUGGCCUACAUGUUCGUCCACGAUGGUCUCGUCCACAGGAGAUUCCCGGUGGGGCCCAUCGCCAAUGUUCCCUAUUUUAGAAGAGUAGCCGCAGCUCAUCAGCUUCACCACUCAGACAAGUUCAAUGGAGUCCCAUACGGAUUGUUCUUCGGACCUAAGGAACUUGAAGAAGUGGGAGGGCUUGAGGAGUUGGAGAAGGAAAUUAAUAGAAGGAUUAAAUUGUCUAAGAAUUUUAGAUGACAUUUAUUUCAGACAUAUUUUGUGAUAUUUUCCCACCUUAAAUGGAUUUGAUUUUUGACUUGUGAUUAAGGAAAAAUAUAGGGGACUAAAACCUCAAUUCCUUGUCCUAUUUUCUGAAUUUUACAACUACAUAUUAAUGAAGCUCA